AUGGACUCUACGAUGGAGGAAAGAGCAAAGAAGUCACGAAAAAGGCAAAUGUCAAGAGCCAAGCGAGUCUUAGCAAAUCGUCGAGAAAGAGAACGGGUCAGAAAAAUGAACGACGCCUUUGAAGAGCUGCGAAGUACGAUUCCGAACUACGAGGAAACCCGCGUGAAGACAAAACUAGAGCUGCUGCGGAUCGCUACAAACUACAUCCAAAGUCUGAAAGAUUCCAUUCAGAAUAGUAUUCCUGAUGGCUAUAACACUCCAUUGAUAUACCCACCCGCUUAUGAAAUGGAUCCAAACGGAGGAUUGAAAUCGGGACCCUGGAUCUCCGAGUACCCAAAUCCGACUCAGCUCCCAGUUCCCCCGCCGCCAACAUUUACCGAGUUGCCUAGUUUCCAGUUUCCUCCUCAUCAUCAGGCAGUUUCUAGUGGAUCUCAGUUUUCCUCGCCAAUACCUAACUCCAGUGAAACUUCAGCACAGGAUUGUUACAGUCUUUGGUCAAAUGGUUUCGCUGAUUCUUUGUCAGGAGAGAGUUUGCUGUAUAACGUACAGGUAUAAAUAUGGACAGCGCGCAACCAAUAUUCAAAUUGUUUGGCGCUUUAAAGGCGUUAUUUCACGCUAUUUGCUCUUUUGUUUUACAAAACUAAAACUUUUUUGGCAUCAGCUGAAUUCGAAAAAUAAAAAUGGUCCAGUUUUGUUAUUUAAGACUAUGUUCAGGUUUUGAAACUGUUUCCUGUCUCUGGUCUGUUACAACGGAUGACAAGGAUGGACAUGGAUUGAAAUUUGAAAAAGUUGGCCUUCAGUGCCAUGCCUGCAACGUCACCAAAAUAAUAUCAUGGUUAGAGCUCCCUGAUGAAAUUUGUUUGUUAUCUUCUUCAUAACUCUACAGGAGAAGUUUGUGUAUGGGUUAAAAGGCAAUAAGUAAUUACUUCAGCACAGAGUAGAGAGGUGAAGUGUGACGUCACGUUACUAUGGUACCAAAAUUUCUUGAUGACAACCAUAGGGAGUUUCAGCGACGGUGAAGGCGAACAGUAAAAAGAGACAGGUUUAGAUUGGCCAAAAAAACAACUUUGCACGUGCAUCACGCUUUUUUGUACAUUUCUUAGCCGUUGUUGCACGACUGCGACAUGAAACUUCCUAAUUUCACGCGCCCGCUUUAUUGAGUAGGUGAGCACAACGCAAAAAAUUUCUUUUUCUUUUUCUAAACUUAGAUAAGGUCCUUUCGGAUUUAACCCAGAAAUUUUCGCCAACAUCUGACAAAUUAAAUGAAAUUAAAUAACAUCGAUGAAGUUUGACACAGGGCAAAUCCACUUUUUCACGUUUUGGUUUGUUGUCAUCCAGAAAUUUUGCUACCAUGGCAAAGUGACGUAACGACUUCUCCUCUCCAUUGACCUAAAACAGCAAAUGUCCAGUUGACUGAUGUUAGCCUUUUGUUUGUCUUGUGCCAGUCCUUUCCUUACCCUCCAGCUUUGGGCUUUGUACCACGUGAAUGAAUAAAGGGCCUAUUAAUAAUGAGCACUGAGUUGUUACAGUCAACUCUCGCCUUGCGGACACCUCGCUAAAACGGACACCCCGAUAAUACAGAGGGCAGCUAAAUCCCAGGCAAAAAAAUUGCGGCUAUUACGGACUCUCGCUAAUGAGGACCCUAAGUCAAGGUCCCUACAGUGUCCGCUAUAAAGGAAGUUGACUGUAUUCGGCUGCUUUGGGCUUUGCACCACGUAGAUGACUGGCUAUAAAGGGCCUAUUAGUAAUGAGUACUUGGUUGUUAUAUAUUAAACUCUUGUCAAAAGACCCAUGACGUCACAUUUCGGAAUUAAAGUUUUUAAAAAUGCGUCUUUUGGACCGCAAUAACUGAAACAACAUGACCUUUUGAAUGAUUUUUUUUUCUCUUCAACAGAAUGCAGCUACAGGCUUGUACAUUGAAGGCCAUUAA